AUGAAAGAAGCUGUUGAGGAUUUCAUCAACGACAAACUGGAGACUUUGACUUAUGACACUUCUCCAAUGUCCAAUGAGACUCGCGCGUUCUACUGGUACGCGAAGGAGAACUUCGAGGAAAACUUGAAUCUUCUCAUGGACAUCUAUCUUCUCGACAGCAUGUGGCACUGGGGAGAGCACAUCGAAUCCGAACCCGUCGAGUACUACAUCAUGUUCAAAUACGGACCAUAUUAA